UAUUAGCUCAGGAGCGGCGCAGACCGGAGCUCCGGAGCGGACCGUUAGAGACCCGCAGACCCUCCUAGAGCCAGCGGCUGGACCGCAGCGUCUCCCCAAAACCCAGAAGAACCGGGAUGGACAUGAACCAGGAGUUCUGCUGAGGGGAAACCCGCGAUAUGAGGAUCGAGGCUGGGCGCUAGCUUUGCUGCUAACCGUUAGUUUUUCGGUCCAGAGAAGAACCUCAAGAAGCUGCGGUGCAGCCAUGCCCUCCAGUGCGCGUGCGGGGAGCCUCAAGGACCCCGAUGUGGCCGAUCUGUUCUGCAGAGACGAUCCAGAGAAGCUCUUCACCGACCUGAGGGAGAUCGGACAUGGCAGCUUCGGGGCCGUCUACUUCGCGCGUGACGGACGCAGCAAUGAGGUGGUGGCCAUUAAGAAGAUGUCCUACAGUGGCAAGCAGACCAAUGAGAAAUGGCAGGACAUCAUCAAGGAGGUGAAGUUCCUACAGAAGCUGCGUCACCCCAACACCAUCGAGUACCUGGGCUGCUACCUGAAGGAGCACACGGCAUGGCUGGUGAUGGAGUACUGCCUUGGCUCAGCCUCUGACCUCCUGGAAGUCCACAAGAAACCGCUCCAGGAGGUGGAGAUCGCCGCCAUCACCCACGGAGCGCUGCAGGGUCUGGCUUACCUGCACUCUCACAACUUGAUCCACAGGGACGUGAAGGCCGGGAACAUCCUGCUGACGGAACCGGGUCAGGUCAAGCUGGGCGACUUCGGGUCGGCCUCCAUCGUGUCUCCGGCCAACUCCUUCGUCGGAACGCCGUACUGGAUGGCUCCAGAGGUGAUCCUGGCCAUGGACGAGGGUCAGUACGACGGGAAGGUGGACGUCUGGUCGCUCGGCAUCACCGGCAUUGAGCUGGCUGAGAGGAAGCCGCCGCUCUUCAACAUGAACGCCAUGAGCGCCUUGUACCAGAUCGCCCAGAACGAGAGCCCAGUGCUGCAGUCCAACCACUGGUGAGACGCCGUCUGUCCAGCUCUCUGUCUGUCCAGCU